UCGUAUUUUCCAGUGCAGCCUUAAAUGUGUACUGUAACAGUCUAAUCUAAUCAAAAGAGAGAACUAUGGUACGGUUAAAGGUGCAUUUUAGAAGGUAUUUCAGGAAACGGGAGUUAUUAAGUACUAUCGAGAAUGUUUGUCAGAGGAGACAAGUUUGACAGAACAACUGAUUCCUCCCGGUGAAACAACUCAGGGACAAGGAGAAAUCUGGUGUCAGCGGAACGCCAAGUAUAGACAAAAAGUCACGGCUGGAUGACAUCAUCGCAAUAGAAUGAAGUGAAAUCGUGACAAGAUUUGAAAUGAGGAUUUGAGUGGAUUUGCGAAAGUCUCCUAUUUGAAUUUCUGCUUAAAAAAAGAUGUUUGUUUUUUUUUGGGAGGAUGUCACCUGUAUAUAAAAGUCUAGCACUUGUAUGCCUAGCAAAAAGGUUGCCAUGAACUGGUUAUUUUUUUUAUUCUUGAUCAUUAAACUAAAAGAACAUGGACUUCAAUGCAUCCUUGUUGUUUCCAAGCACCCUCCUUUUAGGAGAUCAAAAGCAAAUUGUACAAAUUAGCCCAACCAAAACCUGAACAAGCAAGUUAUCUUUUAUGCGAGGGAGAGUCACCGAACCCGAAAAGUUAACUCUGAGUUUUCUUCACUGGAUGGUGCCAGACCUGCUGAGAUUUUCAAGCAACUUCUGCUUUUGUAUCUUUUUUGUGACUUUGUUUACUGUGGCGAUUAAUGGAGUAACGACUUAAAUGCCAAGUUGAGAGUUUACAAAGAGCUGUACUGUAGUGUAUCUUGAGUUACCAGUCUCUCUAGUUGACCGCAUUUUUGGUGCUACGUUUUCUAAGAGAUUGCGAUCAAUUUGCGAAGAGAACUGAACUAUACAGAACUCAAUAUCCGUGAUGUAUAUGGGUAAUUCUAUACUAUCAUUUAAAAUAAGGCAUCCUUCCUAUUUAGAAAAUGAACAGAGAUGAAGAAGGAAUCUAUUCAAAGGGUGAUUUUGCUUAAGUGUUUUGUAUUUAACCUUGGAACAAUCAAGAUAGUUGAGGGGAAAUUCAGCUGCACCGAUCUAAUGAUCUCACACGAUGACACAGAAGUUGCAAUAACAUGGCUGGGAGAUUAACUGUUGGACAUACCUCAUACUAAAACAGUGUUAGAAGACUGAAGUUUGGAAGGUGAAAUUGCUCAGUAUUUCUGUAAAAUGCCUUCACAGCGUGCCACUGUCAGUAAUGCUGAAUACAAGGUGGUACCUCACACAAGGGUUGAUGAUGAAUUUGCUAUUCGGCAAAUCUAUAACUUUGGCCAAAAAUUGGGACAAGGCAGCUAUGGGGUGGUGAUUGAGGCUACGCAUAAUGGGACUGGCAAGAAGUGGGCAAUCAAAAAGGUCAAUCGGGAAAAGGCCGGGAGUUCGGGAGUGAAGCUGCUGGAGCGAGAAGUCAGUAUUUUAAAGCAGGUGGAUCAUGAACAUAUCAUUCAUCUGGAAGAGGUGUUUGAAACACCCAAACGGGUAUACUUGGUGACAGAGGUCUGUGAGGGUGGAGAACUAAGUACAAUCCUUCAUAGAAAAAAACGCUUAAGUGAGAAAGAGACGAGACAUGUGAUUCAAAGCCUAGCAAGUGCGAUUGCUUACCUACAUAAAAAUGAUAUUGUUCAUCGGGAUCUAAAACUGGAAAACAUCUUGGUUAAAAACAAUGAAAGUGACAGUGAAAUUGACAUGAAACUGAACAUCAAGGUAACAGAUUUUGGACUUUCUGUACAGAAAGGGGGUGUUGGUAGUGACAAAAUGUUACAGGCAACCUGUGGAACACCCUUGUAUAUGGCUCCAGAAGUUCUCAGUGCCCAUCAGUAUACCCAACAGUGUGACACGUGGAGCAUUGGUGUCAUUAUGUAUACAUUGCUUUCGGGAGAUCCACCAUUUGUGGCCAACUCAGAAGAAAAACUUGCUGAAGUGGUAAACAAAGGAGAACUGCACUUUGAUGAUUCAGUCUUGCAGGAAAUUAGUGAUGGUGCCAAGGAUGUGUUGUCUCGUCUUUUAAAAGUGGAUCCUGCCCAUAGAAUCACAGCCAAUGAGCUUCUUGACAACCCAUGGGUCACGGGUGAUACUACAGCCAUACAAAGACCACCAAAUGUGCUUGAAAUGAUGAAACAGUGGAGAGAUGACCUGGAUGGAGAUGAAGAAGAAUCAAGUAAAAGUUCUGUAUCAAGUGGUAUUUUUCACAACAUGGAAACUAGCCAGGAUGGUGGGGAGAGUUCUCCCAGCAGCAAUGGCACAUCAAAUAGUUCCAGAGAAAUUGACGUUGAUAUUAACCAUCCUCGCUCUCCAUCUAAACAGAGCACGAAGAAGAAUACCAUUACAAGUUUUUCUGUUGAUGGAUCAUUUCCUGUGAGGAAAACCAACAAAUUCAGCAGCAAUCCUCCUGGGAGCAGCAAGUCUUCUAAAAAACUAAACGUGACGCGAACACCAUUCCACGAUAAACGAACAUGGUCACCCACACAUUUGAUCCCAUCAAUCAGAUCAAGUUCUGUCUCUGGUAAACCAGAGCUACACAGAUCCAUAACUCCAACCGGUGAUGCCUGUGGAUAUAAAUGCACAACUAAGUCUGGUCCGAAAACCAAGAAAAGCACAUAGAAUAAGGAACAUUGAAACCACUAAACUUCCAAAUGAUGCCAAACGCGAACGCUUCAAAAAGGAUCCCUGGAUUUCAAUGUUAAAAGAUUACUUUGGCUCUGUGUCUUUGCUGCUGAUCAUUAUGUGUGCAUAAAGGCUUUUCCUAAAUCUUUGACCUUUCACUUGGUAUUAUAUAAAAUCCAAAAGGAAAGAAUGUAACAAGAAAACUGUUCACCAGUUAGCUUUCUUCAAGUAUUUAUUAAUACAGUGCUGAUGGAAGACUCAUAAUUUAUCUUGCUUAGAAUUACCAGUACUGUUAAAAAUCAGAAUUGAUAUAUUUAAGGUAUCUGAGUUUGUCAUGGAAGAAUUUGUUGCAUUUGCACAUUGAAUCUAAUGUCAUUGCUUAUUUAUUUAGUUGCUACUUGGAGGCUGCAGUAAGCCUAAAAGAGCCAAUCAAUGAGUUGUCCACAGUGAGAAUUAGAACAUCUCUAUACAAUUAAUGGACCAGGCAUGAAGCAAUUUGUCCAUUUUCACCCUUACAUAGCAGCCCAUACAGUCACUAUAGCAUUGUCUCUUUUAACAUACAAAUCGAGUGAUUGCAGUGUUAUUUUCACAAGUUGUAAAUUUAGCAAUUUUAUACUGAGUUCUGCAAAGGGAGGUAAGAAACAUGUAAAAUAUGUUAGAUAUAUAUGACCACUUAUUUACACAAGAAGUAUUACUGUAAAAAUGUACUUUACAUGGCUAACUUCAAUGAGCUUGAAUCUGGUUAUAGCUGAGCUGUGCAUAAAACAUUUUCUGUUGUUCUGUUAAAAUAUAUUGAGUUGGCCUAAGAUGUACUGUCACAUGACAUCAUGUACCAGGAAUCCUGGGGCAUGUUAACUUGUGCAUGUUUCAUCUAAAUAACUAGGAAGAUAAUGGUAUCAGUUCUUGACUUAAGUUUUCUUUAGUACAUACAAGGCUUUUAAAAGCAGAUGUUUUCUUUUGAGUUGGAAAAUAAAUAUUACCACCUUUGAAUGAAAACAUGCAGAGAUGUGAUUUUUUUAAUCUCUCAGUAAUUUUGCUGUAAUUUUACAUGAGCUGGUUUGAUAUCUCAGCUUUCUUUUCUAAAGUAUUCCCUUGAGAACCAGUUUUAAAGCUUCCAGAAAGUGUUCUACCAGUUGUAAAUGAUACACAAACAAGUCCAUAGCACAAUAUUGACAUUAUUACUAAAAUUUUGACACAUCCCUGCCUUGAGGUUUCAGAAGCUCAGAUGUGGCAUAAACAUGUUAGCUUUAAAGUUAAAUUGUCUUUACAUAACCUACAUUCUGUACUUAAUGUUCACGUUACUUGUGUUGCUGCCAUCCUUCUGGCUCCAUUUCUGAUCAUGUUUCUAAUGUGAUUUCAUCGUGCCAUUUCACUUAUUCAGAUCUUAGUUGGCUGAGUUGCCAUUACAAACAGGGCUGAACACAAUUACCCAAAUAAGUGUGCUGUAAAAUAUUUCAAUUAUUCUAAUUUAAAUGGUGGAUGACAUUUGAGCUUGAGCAUUUUGCCAAACAUAAACAGGUGAUUGAGUGAAGUAUACCAAUGAAACUUUGUCACGUGGAAGUAAAUUUGUGUGAUUCAAGUGGGGCUUUGGGCAUCCAGAACAAAUGAGAGAGUUAUCAAAAUUGUCGUCACUACAUCAUAUAGAUUAGUAAUUUAGACAUACGCAUAGGCAUGACUUCUUGGAAAUAGUUGGAAAAUAAUAUGUUGUGAACUAAAUAAGUUACAUGUUACUACUGUGAUUUCAAACUUCUAGUUUCGUAAAACAAUGCUCAUUCUUAUUUUGGAAUAAGUUACCAAUAUGUGAAGUUUCAAUUCCAAGUGUAAAUAUUCUGAUUUAAAUAACAUUGCUAUUAUCUGAUACUGUAUUGCAUCUUUUGUAAAGGUUCGUCUACAAGUUUUCACUUACAUGUUAACCUUAUUAAGAGCUAACAUCCACAAUGAAUUUAGCGAACCUAUUU